AAAAAGAUCAGUUUUGAUCAAGACAUUUAAUUUAAUUAAUUUACUGCUAUUUAAAAGGAAUGGAAGUAGACCAUUACGUGAGGAACUCCGAAGACCUGAAAGAAGUCAUCGCACACGCAAAAUUAGAUGCUAAAAACUUGACAAAAAUAACACAAGCAAUUUACUUUAAUAACUAUCAUGAUUUGCUCGGGAAUGAUGAAACAUCCGAUAUAAAACUAUUAGAACUGGAUCAUGAUUUGUUAAAGGAAGUUGAAGCUGGAAGUAUCUUGACAUUCCGAGGAGGAUUAAACGACAAAGUGUGUUUAUGUUCAAGAAAUAAAACUUAUGAAAUUCGAAAUGCUGAGCAAACUAAUUCAAUGAUUGUGAUUCCGGAUCUUUUAAAUGCUGAAAGAACGAGUGAUAGCCCAUUAAAAAGUCCAGAAAAAGGCAGCAUCAAUAAAUCAUUGGAUAGGAGCUUAGAAGAUGAUGAAGUAGAGAAUACACAAGAAGCUUUAAAUAUUCCUCACGAGAUCCAACAUAAACAUAUUCUAAAAGUGUUUUACAACUAUUUGGAACCAAGACAGAUCCAGCCACAAAUUAAGAAAAUAUAUGAACUGCUAAAAUUAACAUGCUACAAUGGUCCUGAGAACGAAGAUUCAAUUAAUAAGAAGCAUCUCUUCACAAAACGACAGCUAUUUACAGCAAGUCAAUGUUCAGCAGCUGAAUUUGAUGCACAGCUAGAGAAACUUCGAAGCAUUAAAAUUAAUGAAUAUAUUCGCAUACUGGAUUAUGCUUACGAAUUUCGUGUCAUUACUUUAAUGACCAAUAUGAUUAAUGAGAAUAGCUGGAAAUUAAAUGAAGUUGAUAAAACUGAGACAAUAUCAGCACUUGAAGAUAUUGUUCCAGUAGAAAUUUUACAAGCAGUUUUUAACUAUUAUACAAUAAGAGAUGAUGAAACUGGAAAGUAUGAAUACAAAGAAGACAUGGUAUGCAGAAUAAUAGCUCUAAAUGUAUUGCAAGAGGGUUUAAAAUUUCAUAUUGAUGAGUUCCUGGAUGUUUGUCAAGGCGGAUUACCAGAAGGAAUGAAAAUGGAUGAAAGUUAUCUUCAUGGAAUAGGCGUAAUAGAUCGUGAAUCACAAAUUCCUAGCAUUAAAGGAUUAUUUGAAGGAAAUUUGCCAUUAAAUCUACAAAAUCGCUUAACCUGCCUUUUUAAAGCUAAAGAGAAGUGGACUGUCCAACAAAUCACACCUUAUUUGGAACUAUUUACUACUCCAAAGAUGCAGGUAUCAACAUUAUUAACAAAAUACACGAGAAGUGUUUCUGAAAAUGGCAUCAGAUAUUAUCAGGCAAAGCAUAAGUAAUCGUGGAAGUUUUAACGGAUUUUACUUUAAAAAUCAUGUUUUGCUUAUCCGUUUUUGACGGUUAUAAGAUAUUUUGAAAAAAAUGUUAAUAACAGGAAGGAACAAUAAAAAAUAACAGAAAGGAACACAGUAUUUUAUUAAAAAUGAGCGAGUUUAAAGAUUUAUACAAGGCAAGCUUUUUGGAAUCGAAUGAAAGACAAGCACAGCGACGAACGAGAUUGUUGGAGGAACAACGAAAAAAGAGAGAAGACAAUUUUUCAGGACAUCGAGAGAUAAAAAGUCCAAAAAAUAGAAAAUGGAAGCAUCAAUGUGAUUACGACUAUAAAUAUAACUUAAUGCUGUCAGAAUGGAUGAUGGAGAUUCCAGACGAUUUGGAGAACUUUCUAUUAGUAGCUUGUCCAAAAGGAAUCCGGUGUACUUUAUCAAAUGAAAAAACAAAAGGCAGUCUUAGUAAAUUAUACUACAAAAAUGGAACUGAAUUUCUAAGCAUUAAGACCAACUUACCAAAAGGAACAGUACUUGACUGUAUAUACUCAAAAACAACAAUCUUUGUACUGGAUGUCAUGAAGUACGAAGAAAGAGAAUUUAUUGAAUGUGAUACAGCUUUUAGAAGUUACUGGAUCAGGAACAAAUUCAUUGAAGAUGAUCUCAGGAUAUAUGAAAGCAAUAACAAAUGCUUAAAGUUUCAGCUUCUUGAAAUGCUGGAUUUUGCUGAUUCUCACGUUAUUCAAAAUUGCUUUCAGACUUUUCCAUUAUUUGAAAAUGAUAUAGUCAUUGAUGGAUUUUUAUUUUAUCAUAAAGAAGCUUCCUACACAUUUGGCGAGUCCCCUCUGGUUUUGUGGUUGUUUCCAUUUAUGAUUGAGGAUGUUUUGCCAAUGUUUCGUGUUCAUUUACAAUAUAAUGAACAAAAGCCAGACAAUUACACAACUUACCUUGACUACAUCUAUGAAUUUAAUUCAAAGCUUAAAACGAAGAGAAAGUCAAACAAUCACGCUGAAAAGGAGAAUAUGGAUGUUCAGGACAUUGAACAGGAAACAGACGAAAUGCAAAAGAUGAUUGAUUUAGAAAGAUUUGGAGAUUUUGAA